AUGGCUGGCAUCGAUUAUCUUCUCUUCGAGGAAGCCACAGGUUACGCCAUCUUCAAGGUGGACGUCCAGCAGGACGACAUUGCCGCCAGAAUGAAGGAAGUCCAGGAAGCUUCUACAGACUUGGCCAAGUUCUCACAAAUGGUGGAACUUGUGUCUUUUGCCCCAUUCAAGGGUGCUGCUCAAGCUUUGGAAAACGCCAACGACAUCUCCGAGGGUUUGGUUAGUGACUACUUGAAGUCCGUGUUGGAGUUGAACCUCCCUAAGCCAUCCAAGAAGGAGAGAAUCUCCUUGGGUGUGUCGGACAAGAACUUGGGUCCUUCCAUCAAGGAAGCCUUCCCUUACAUCGACUGUUUGCUGAACGAGAUCGUUCAGGACUUUUUGAGAGGUAUUCGUGUUCACGGCCACAAGCUCUUGAAGGAGUUGCAGGAUGGUGACAUUGAAAGAGCCCAGUUGGGUUUGGGCCAUGCUUUCUCGAGAGCCAAGGUGAAGUUCUCUGUGCAGAAGAACGAUAACCACAUCAUCCAGGCCAUUGCUUUGUUGGACCAGUUGGACAAGGAUAUCAACACCUUCUCCAUGCGUGUCAAGGAGUGGUACGGCUGGCACUUCCCUGAGUUGGCCAAGAUUGUUCCUGACAACUACACCUACGCCAAGUUGGCUUUGUUCAUUGGUGACAAGGCUUCGUUGACUGACGAGUCCUUGCACGAUGUCGCUGCUUUGCUCAACGAUGACUCUGGUGUUGCCCAAAGAGUCAUUGACAACGCUAAGAUCUCCAUGGGUCAGGACAUCUCUGAGCUAGAUAUGCUCAAUGUGUCCACCUUCGCCGAGAGAGUGGUGUCCAUCUCCGAGUACAGACUGAAGUUGUACCAGUACUUAACCGAGAAGAUGCACACUGUGGCCCCUAACUUGUCCACUUUGAUUGGUGAGGUUGUUGGUGCCAGAUUGAUUUCUCACGCUGGUUCUUUGACUAACUUGUCCAAGCAGGCUGCCUCUACCGUCCAAAUCUUAGGUGCUGAGAAGGCUUUGUUCAGAGCCUUGAAGACCAAGGGUAACACUCCUAAGUACGGUUUGAUCUACCACUCGUCGUUCAUUGGAAAGGCCUCUUCUAAGAACAAGGGAAGAAUCUCCAGAUACUUGGCUAACAAGUGUUCGAUUGCCUCCAGAAUCGACAACUACUCUGACGAGCCAUCCACUGCCUUCGGUCAGAUCUUGAAGAAGCAGGUCGAAGACAGAUUGAACUUCUACGACACUGGUGCUGCUCCAAUGAAGAACUCUGAUGCCAUCAAGGAGGCUUUGGCUUUGGCUGGUGAUUUGGCUGAGAGCAUGGACGUUGACAAGGCUGAUGAGGACGAUGUUGAGGAGCCAAAGAAGGAGAAGAAGGAAAAGAAAGAAAAGAAGGAAAAGAAGGAGAAGAAGGAAAAGAAGGAGAAGAAGGAGAAGAAAGAGAAGAAGGAGAAGAAGAGAAAGGCCGAGGAUGACGAGUCCUCGAAGAAGAAGAAGAAGAAGUCUAAGGACUAG